CGAAGUUGAGGAACAUCUGAGUGACGAGCUCACGGACCUCCGAUUUAGGUUUGCCUUCUUUUUUGAUGGAGAGCAUUCUGGCAACUACGUCUUCCACCGAAGAUUUGCUCUCUCGCAAAACUUCGUACGGCGACUUCUCCGGCCGCGGCGGAGCAGCUUCUUCCUCCACCAGCAUCCCCUCCUCUAUUUCCUCGUCUUCCAUUUUUCUCCUUCAAUUUUCUUUCUCCUCCGCGUCCUCGCUUUUUUCUUAAACCCUGUCACCUCACCAAAACGCACCGUUUUACUUUUUCUUUUUUCUUUUCCUCCUAGAGCAGACGGCGUCGUUUCGCUUUACGCCGGAGCUAUAAAAACGAGGACGCCGAAUAAGUCGAAGCCUGAGACUGCGACGGAGUAGAGAUGGUUGAAGCUGAAGAGGAAGGGCCGGCUAUGAGAGCUCUCGGAUCUCUGUUGAAGCUCACCGAAGUCUUCCUCUGGGACGAUGGCACGAGGAACGACAUGUCGUUCUCUCUGAAACAGACUAAACCAGCUCAGGAUGACGGAGACGAUGACUCAAACGGCCUUGCCUCAAAAGGUGGAAUUUUGCCUGAGGAUAUGGAACUUACGAGACAGAUGAAUGAAUUGGGGCUUCCGGUGUCGUUUCAAACAAAUAAACAGAAGCAGAAAAGGAAGGCUGGAGGCAAAAGAAAGGGAAUGCGCUUGAAGCAUCCGGACACUUGCCAAGACGUUGUGGGUGAAGCCCUGGACUCUUCCAAAGUGAGUGUGGAGGAGAGUGUAUCUCCUAUUGUAUUUGAUGAUAAUCCAAGCAGUUCUUUGUGUAGUAUGUCGAUGAUGGGCCAAAGUGAAUCAUCUUGCUCUGAUGUUGCAGUUGAUGCCACCAAAUUGCAUUGCCCUUUUGGUGAAGGAGAAACACCAGCAAGUUUAAUUGAGAUCACUAGAGAUUAUGCCAAGGAACAACAUGAUGGAACACUCGGCACUGUUUCUGAUGAUGGUCACGAUUGUGAUUCCUUACACAACAGUGCUGUGGUCACUGAUGCAGCAAAAUUUUUAGCGAAUUCAGUUAGCUGCUCAGCAGAUGCUGCUACUGGCCAUGGAAAGACAGAGCCAGAUGUAAGACUGAUGGAGCAUGACCACUCAGAGUGUUCAGUAUUGGCUUGCCAUGAAGGAGAACUUACAACUGGUGAGGAUCAUGUCCCUGAGAAGCCAUUUGUAUCUGAAUCAGUCUCAUAUUCCACAUGUCCAGUAGUUCUUGACAAUGAUGGAAUCGACGGCCAAAAAAAUGCUGAUUUUGGAGACUGGAUGGUAUAUUGGGAUUCCUACUACAUGAGAAAUUACUUCCAUAAUAUGAGAACACAUACUUCCACAUGGUACCCACCUGAGGUCAUGGAACAUUUAGAAAUUGUCGACACCACAUGUAAGUCAAAUGAAGGUGUUGCUGAAGUAACUGAGAUAGAUGUCACCACUUACUUGAAGAAAACAGGUUUAUGUGGUCUGGAUAAAAUUGAUUCAUUUGAAGAACCAAGAAAUGAUGAUGCAAUACACAGUCAACCAUAUGAUGAACUCACUGUUGUCAAUUCUAUGUUUGAUACAUCCACGUCAACUGUCACUGUAGGCAUAUGUCAUGAGCUUCAAAGCAAUAACAGCUUCAUUGAUGAAUAUGCAUCAUGCUUGUCAUCAAAUGUCCAGUGCCACAUCUCUAGUUGCAGGAACCAGACCAUGCCGCUGGUUUCUGAUGAGGUGUGCAACAAUGAUCUGCUUGCAAGAAAAUGUGAUGAACCAUAUACUUAUGAUAUCUUUGAUAAACCUCAUGACGUUCACUCUUGCGAGGAAAUCCCUAUAUAUUGUGAACAUGAUGAGGCCAUUAGAACAUUAGACUCACUCAGCAUGUCCAAUUCACGCACUGAAGAAGUUGAGGAUAGGAGUAUGCAUUCUGAAACUGGAGUUCCUGCAACAAAUGAUUUGGUAAUAAAAUCUGACCGUGCUGUAGUUAAACGGAAAAAGAAAGUGAGAAGAAUUCGAAGUCACAGAAAAUUCUUCAAUGAGGAUGAAGAAGUUCUAUUUGAAGGAUUGUUGAAGGAGUGUUCUGCUGAUAUUGGUAAAUAUUGGUGUCAGAGGUAUCUAUUAUUCUCCAGAUAUGAUGAUGGUAUAAAAAUGGACGAGGAAGGAUGGUUUUCAGUUACUCCAGAAGCUCUAGCUAGGCAUCAUGCCCAACGUUGUGGUAGUGGCAUCGUCAUUGACUGUUUUACUGGAGUUGGUGGGAAUGCCAUCCAAUUUGCUCAGAUAAGCCAACAUGUAACUGCCAUUGAUAUUGAUCCAACAAAAAUUGAUUAUGCUCAACAUAAUGCUGCUAUCUAUGGAGUAGAUGAAAGGAUAGAUUUCAUUGAGGGGGACUUUUUCCGUUUGGCAUCAAGGUUGAAGGCGGAUACAGUCUUUUUGUCACCCCCAUGGGGAGGACCUGAUUAUGCAAGAGAAGAGACUUAUGACAUUAUGACAAUGCUUAAGCCAUAUGAUGGAUAUUUUCUCUUCAACACUGCAAAGCAAGUUGCUUCCAAGAUUGUCAUGUUUCUCCCUAGAAAUGUUGAUGUCAACCAAUUAGCAGAGUUGUCUCUUUCAGUGACUCCGCCAUGGUCGCUGGAGGUGGAGAAAAACUUUGUAAAUGGCAAGUUGAAGGGAAUAACUGCUUACUUCAGUGACACGGCAAGGAGAGAGUGACAUAUAGGUAUAUCGGUAUAUCCCUACUUUGCCAGAUACCAAGCAGCUAUGCAGGUAUUGCCUUCACAUAACAGUAGAGAAUGAGCUGCCAUGAGCAACUACGCCCUAGCAGAAAGGAACAGCCUCCUUGGAAUAGGUGUGUGGUUGCUUCCAUCUUACUCUCAUCCUGCACUCGAUCUUUUUUAUUAGUAAGGAGGUCACAGAUUACAGCAUUGUGGUAACAUACAGUCCUGCAAACUAGGAAUCUAGAACUAGAGAAGUAAUGCUCCCCCAAGCAGUUAGGGAAAAGGGGGUUACUGUUAGUAUUAGUCCUUGCCGGCCUGUUUUUGACGAAAUAGUAGCACAAAGUCAGUUUCCAUUUUUAUAAACAUGGAAUCAAUUUGUUUGGUGACCAAGGAUGGCCCAAAUGGGAGAAUAGGGUGACUGGUGUGGAAGGUGGAGAGUAAUGCCUGCCAGAUACAUAUAUUAUUGUCAUUCAACACACGUGUGAACCAAUGGAAUGAGCUUGAACUCUGUAAUUGAUAAUUGAAUCUCAGUCAGAUUAGAACUUUACAUUAAAUUU